AAGGUAAAAUAAAAAAAAAACAUCCCCCCUUUCAACCCCCAAGGCAACGCUGUGUGUAGUGCACAAGUGGUGACAAAAGCGACGAGACGGCAACGGCGACGGAUGUUCAGUGACUCUGUGGCAAUGUCUUCUCUCGUCAUUCCGUAGCUGUAUGCGCUGGUAGUUGCGACUCAAAGUACAAAAGACAAAAUCACGAGUGUGGAGCUGUGCUCCUGAAGGAGUUCCGUGCGUUGUGUGUGCAUCAUUAGUGCGUGAUUGUUGCUAAUACGGUGACUAAAGCUCAUUUUGAGGAACAGUGUGUGGUGGAAUUUUCACGGUGAAAAAUUCCAAGUUAGCAGCUGCUUGAAAGUGGUCUUACCCUUUUUUCGUAUUAUAUGUGGAUUUUAGUAUUGAAAACAUACACACAAUAUAUUGAUGCGCAUGCCAUUUGGUCAGUGGCAACUUGGCGGGAGAUUCGAGGGGUGCGAUGCCGGAGGAGCUGUCGGUGCGGCGUUCAACAGCGUUUGGAGAAACCCAAUGGGUGUAUAAAGUAUCAGGACACGAGGAGAACAAUCAUCAGUCGGUGGUGAUACUCUGAGGAAUUAACACGCGCCAAAUAUCUCUGACACACUCACGGCCAACAAGUGUUGUGCGAGAGAUACGCGUCGUCAGCUGGCUGGUUGGUUGCUGCUGCUUGUGCCGAGAAGUUCUUCUCUCACUCUGGGUGACCAACAAAAUAACAACAUCAAUUUUUUCGCCGUUACCGCUAAUUGGGGCCUACCCAAAGUGACAUGGUGAACUCUAUCUUAUGGUUGCCUCUCACGGUGGUGCUGCUGGAGUGACCAAAAGAGGAAGAGAAAUUUAAAAAAGAGAAUUUUGCACAAAAGGUGUUACACACACCGGGGCAAUAACUCCCAAAAAUUUGAGGAGUAAGUCGCCGCCGCGAUCGAAAGAGUUGCAAUUUCUCUGUGCUGUGUGGUGCACAAGAAAAAUUCACGCAGACACUAUAUACAAGGAGAUUUAUAUAAAGUAAUUUGUGCUAAUGGUGAUAUAUUUAAAUUUAAAGUCACAUGUGUACAGUAGAUAUCUGCGCCGAGUCAUUUCUGCCGGCGAUCUCACAUAAGGAGGGCCUCUCUAUUUAUUAAGAUAAAUCAAAUUAUAUAAAAUUAAUUGUGAUUGAUGUUGGGUGCUUAGUUAAUCUAGUUUGGGAUAAGUUAUUGUUGCUUGGAAAAGUGAAUUUGGGACUUGGUGCGGUGCUACAGUAGCGAGCAGCGAUGAGCCAAUAGAGCCAAUAACCAGUGAGUCGCCGGCUGAAUGUAAACCAGCGCAUAUAUCUAACUGAAUGCACUACAUAUAGGAGACGAAAAUUGUAUUGAGAACAUUGAGCACUCUAUAAAAAUUCUAUUUGAUGUUGAUUGAAAAGCAUUUUUGCGUCACACAAACAACCACUACUGUAAAAUCUGUGGCGUAGAUAAAAUUUAAUGUGAGGCAUCUCUCUGCGGGACAAUAAACGUACAACAAGAAAAUUUUAUACUGAAGAAAAAUAUAUAGAGAGGUGCGAAGGUGCAAAAUUUUGCCAUGAGUAUCAAAUUGGCGGGAACUCUUAAUUAGGAUCAAAUAGAGAAGCCCAGCAGAAAGUGAGUUGUGGUGUGUGUGUGGAAAAGAGCAUCCCAUUACAGGCAGAUUGUGGAAGAAAAUCACCAAGAGACAAACUCCUUAAUUGGACAACAAGAGAGUGGGGGGAAAAGAGGAAAGAGUGGAAAAGUGGAAAUCUCCGUGAAUUUGAUGGGACAUGAAAGAAAUGGUGCUGUACGAUAAGGAUGUGAGUUUCAGUUGAGCAAACAUCCAAGAGGCAAAGUGCUGUGUGUGUGGAGAAGAGGGCAAAAAGAAACCAAGAAGAAGUAAUUGAAAUUAAUUCUCUUCCCUUCUGCAAACAAAUUCAAUUAAGCGGAGUUACCUUCUUUCUGUGCGCCAAAGUACCGAGAGCGCCUGAAAUUACAAAGAAAAACGCAGAGGGGUGUGUGUGUGUGGGGUUUCACGCAGGGGGGUUGGUGGUAGACGAUAUAUCUAAAAAGAGUGGAGAUUCAGGAUGCCCUCACCAAUUUCCGAGAGUCGCAACAGGGAGUUUCUCCUUCAGGGCGAUGAGUGGCAGAAGUCUGUUAACAAUGGCUAUCUGAGGACAACAUCGGCACACCUGGAGCGAGGAAUUGGGGCGGAAAAUGGGGGUGGUGGUGCAGCUGGUGUACCAAAUGACCCCACUGGGAUGCAGCAGGAUGAAGCUACGGGUAUACUGUUGCAGCCAGAGGCAAUAGGUGAUGGUGGAAUUUCGUGCCCCGAAGUGGUGAUACAGCCACAAAAAACCUCCACGAUUGUCCAUUUUGCACCAGGAUCUGUACCCCAGACCUCUGUUCAGCGUGGCCUGCCCAUUGAAUUUAUGUACAGAGACACCAAACUCCGACGACGAUUGCUCGUCCUUGCGGUGGCUCUCAUGGUUUUGGGUGCCGCCAUUGGGGCUCUAUCCAUCUACUUUGCUGGAACAUUUAACUGCUGCUCAGCCAGAGAAGGUCGGCAUGAACGAGAAGUUUGUCUCACCGAGGAAUGUAUAAGGACUGCAUCAUCCCUUCUGGCUGCAAUGGACCGUCAGGCAGACCCAUGCACGAAUUUCUUUCAAUACGCCUGUGGGACGUGGAAUAAGAAGCACCUCAUUCCGGAGGAUCGAAGCUCAAUAAGUACAUUUGAAGUGUUGGCAGAUCAACAGCAGGUCAUACUCAAGAGUGUCCUUGAGGAACCCAUCAAUGAUGAUGAUAGCGAAGCGACGAUAAAAGCAAAAAUGUUCUACAGAAGCUGCAUGGAUUUGCAACAAAUCCGCAAAAUCAGUGAUCAACCACUAAAGGAUGUUAUUAAAUCCCUCGGUGGGUGGCCAGUAAUUGAGGAACAUUGGGAACCACCAUCAUUUAGCGUUGAAUACCUCUUUGGGAAACUCCGUGGGGACUACAGUGAACCCGUUCUCAUUGAACUAUUCGUUGGGGCUGAUGACAAAAAUUCCUCCGUGAACAUCCUACAGUUGGAUCAGCUCGUCCUGGCGCUCCCAUCGCGAGACUACUACCUUAAGGAUAAUAGUCAGGGUGAACUGAAUGCGUAUCAUCAGUAUAUGACUCAAGUAGCUGUCCUUUUGGGAGCUAAUCCUGAAACAGCAUUCAAGGAACUCCAUGAAGUUGUGCAGUUUGAGAAAAAGCUAGCCAAUGCAUCCCUUCCAGAGGCAGAUCGACAUGACACAAGUGCUAUCUACAGGAAAUUGACUCUGCCUGAGUUGCAGAAGGAGGUGCCACAGCUACAGUGGCGAGAAUACAUCCAGGCAACUCUUGGUGAAGAUGUCGUCCUGAUGGCUGAUGAGCCCGUUGUGAGCUAUGCCAUGUCGUACCUCGUGGAAAUGGGCAGGAUUCUGGCUGAGAGUGAUCGGCGUGUUGUGCACAACUACGUGAUUUGGCGACUCGUCAUGUCAAUCAUGACACACAUGAUUGACGAUUAUCAGAGAGAACGCAUUGAGUUUAGGAAGAUCCUCCUGGGAAUCCAAUCAGAGCGACAUCGAUGGUCGCAGUGUGUUGAAUGGACCAACAAGAAGCUUGGCAUGGCGGUGGGGGCUCUCUUUAUUCGGGACAAUUUCAAUCAGGAGAGCAAAGAGACUGCCCUGGAGAUGAUUCACACCAUCAGGGCGGCUUUCAAUGAACUCCUCGCUGAUAUCCACUGGAUGGAUGAUGAAACGCGUGCCGUGGCAAAGGAGAAGGCUGAUGCCAUGAAUGAACGAAUUGGCUAUCCGGAAAUUCUUACAGAUCCCCAAGAAUUGGAGAAGGAAUACAUCAAUCUCACAAUUUCAGAGACACACUUCAUGAAUAACAUUAUGAACAUCCUCAAGUGGGAUGCCCAGAGGAAUUUGCAGUUGCUUAGGAAGGCUGUAGACAAGAAUAAGUGGACCACAGAGCCAGCUGUUGUGAAUGCUUUCUACAAUCCCAACAAGAAUGACAUUGUCUUCCCGGCGGGAAUCCUGCAGCCACUCUUCUACAGUCAGAAUUUCCCAAAAUCCCUCAACUACGGCGGUAUUGGUGUGGUGAUAGGGCACGAGAUCACCCAUGGAUUCGAUGACAAGGGUAGACAAUUCGAUAAAGACGGCAACAUGAUGCAGUGGUGGAACAAUGCAACCAUUCAAUCCUUCAGAGAACGUGCCCAGUGCAUCAUUGAUCAGUAUUCAAAUUACAAAAUUGAGGAAGUGGGACUCUACAUGAAUGGACGAAUGACACAGGGGGAGAAUAUUGCGGACAAUGGUGGUCUCAAGCAGGCUUUCAGGGCGUACAAGAAAUGGGUUAGCAUACAUGGAGCAGAACCUGACCUACCUGGACUCAAUCUCACGCAUGAUCAAUUGUUUUUCCUCAACUACGCGCAAAUCUGGUGCGGUUCAAUGCGCCCCGAGGAUGCACUCACGAAAAUUCGCUCCUCUGUCCACUCACCUGGCAUUAUUCGUGUUUUGGGUCCACUGUCCAACUCAAAGGACUUUGCGGAGGCCUACAAUUGUGAUCUGGGCACCCCCAUGAAUCCAGUCCACAAGUGCAGUGUUUGGUAAAAGUCACUCCCACCACAUACCCCAUCUCAACAUAACUAUCGUCUUUUUGGUGCUCCGUUUAAGUAGCUAAAUAUAAUUGAAAUACUUUUUUUUAAAUCUUUUCCCAUUCCCCUAUCUUUGCACAUGCCCCACCUAAGUUGUUACAUUAUUUAGUAAAAAAAAGAAAAAAAAUGAGGAGUUGCAGGAGGAUGCUUAAAUCUAAUUUAUCCUCAUUUGCUUUGAGCCACAAGACUCACAAAAAAAUUGUUUUCUAUUGCAAAUGAAAGUCAUAAAAUACAAGAAUAAAUUUUAGAUAGUAUAUUCUGUGUCAAGUAUUAAUAUAUCGUAUAUUAUAUGACAAUGAAUGUUUACUACUGUACUACUUAUUGCUAUGAAAAAAGGUAUUUUAUUUGUAUAAAUUAAAUAAAAGGAGUUGAUGGCAGAAUG